AUGAAGGAUGCGGUGGAGAUGGCUGUGCUGAGCUGCACCCAGCACCCCCACAUCAUACAGGUCUACGCCUGCCUCACAAACAUGGUCGAGGAGCCCGUGAAGGGGGUGGUGGGGGGCAGUCUGCCGCGCUACCGGCGGGCCCUGCCCUAUGAGCAGGGCCGGGUGGCCUCAUGCAGCCUCAUCGUGAUGGAGUACAUGGACGUGGGCACGCUGCGUGACGCCAUUAAGCGCGGGGUGUUCCACCGCCGCGUGUCGCCCACAGCCAUGGCGGUAGACCUCACGGGGUGCAUCAAGGUCCUGCGCGAGGUGGGGCAGGCCGUGGAGCACCUUCACACCCGGAAGCUGCUGCACUGCGACGUCAAGUCAGAGAACGUGCUGCUCAAAACGGACGCCACCCGCCCCCUCGGCUUCGUCUGCAAGCUGGCAGACUUUGGGCUGGUCAAGAUGAUGCGCGGCAGCAAGCAGUACGUGGUCAACCGCAGCGGGACCGGCACCAUCACCCACCUGGCCCCGGAGGCGCUACUUGCCGGGUCGCGGCUCACGACGGCGGUGGACGCGUUCUCGUUCGGCGUGCUCAUGUAUGAGCUCUACAGCGGCCAGCGCGCCUAUCCCGGCCUCAGCACAGAGCAGAUCAUCGAAAAGGUCAUGCGCGGCGGCCUCCGCCCCUGCUUCCCGCCCGGCACCCCCGAGGGCUACGUCGCCCUCGCCCAGCACUGCUGGGCGGCCGACCCCUCGCAGCGUCCGAGGUUCCACGAGAUCAUCCCAACCUUGGACGCGAUCCUCGCGGCCACCGCCGCGAAGCAGCAGCCGCAGCCGGGGCCGAGGGCGGCGUCGGACGGCGGCGGCGCGGGGGAGGCCGCGUGA